AUGACUGACAGGGGCCGGAUUUUGAUUAAAGGAGGUAAGGUUGUGAAUGAGGAGUGCUCCGAGCUGGCUGAUGUGUUUAUAGAGGACGGGGUGAUCCAGGCAGUGGGCUCCGAGCUGCAGGUGCCAGAGACGGGAACUCGGGUGCUGGAUGCCAGCGGUAAACUGUUGCUGCCUGGAGGAAUAGACACACACACGCAUAUGGAGCUGGAGUUCAUGGGCACUGUGGCAGUGGAUGAUUUCUUCUUGGGUACAAAGGCCGCAGUAGCCGGAGGAACUACUAUGAUCCUGGAUUUUGUCAUCCCACAAAAAGGAACUUCUCUGCUUGAGGCAUAUGACAGAUGGAGGAGGAUUGCUGAUGCAAAAGUGUGCUGUGACUAUUCCCUCCAUGUCGCUGUUACCUGGUGGGGUGAUAGUGUAAAACAAGAGAUGGAAACAAUUGUCCAAGAGAAAGGAGUAAACUCCUUCAAGAUGUUUAUGGCGUAUAAAGAUGUGUUCAUGCUGCGCGAUGACGAGCUCUACUCCGUUUUCUCUCAUUGUAAAGAUAUUGGAGCCAUAGCACAAGUCCAUGCUGAGAACGGAGAUCUGAUUGCAGAGGGGGCCAAGAGAAUGCUGUCUUUGGGAAUCACAGGACCUGAGGGCCAUGAACUCUGUCGCCCUGAGGAGGUGGAAUCGGAGGCCACUCAGCGUGCCAUCACCAUCGCCCACACUGUCAACUGCCCUCUGUAUGUGGUGCACGUUAUGAGCAAAUCAGCUGCUGAAGUGGUGGCUAAUGCUCGCAGAAACGGGCGAGCGGUGUUUGGCGAGCCCAUAGCUGCUGGCCUGGGUUCUGAUGGCACUCAUUACUGGCACAAGGACUGGGCACAUGCAGCAGGAUAUGUUAUGGCACCCCCGCUAAGACCAGACCCCAGUACACCCAGCUAUCUCAUGGACCUACUCGCUAAUGAUGAUCUGAGUGUAACCGGGACUGAUAACUGCACAUUCUCCACCUGCCAAAAAGCUCUGGGCAAAGACGACUUCACUAAAAUCCCCUUCGGUGUUAACGGCGUGGAGGAUCGCAUGUCUGUCAUCUGGGAGAAAGGAGUGCAUAGCGGCAAAAUGGAUGAAAAUCGAUUCGUGGCAGUCACCAGCAGCACUGCAGCCAAAAUCUUCAACCUUUAUCCACAGAAAGGGAGGAUUGCCAAAGGCUCUGAUGCAGACCUGGUUAUCUGGGACCCCAACGCCACCAGGGUGAUUUCAGCAAAAACCCACCUCCAGGCAGUAGAUUAUAACAUCUUUGAGGGGAUGGAGUGCCACGGUGUUCCUCUGGUGACCAUCUCCAGAGGCAGAGUAGUGUAUGAAAAUGGCCGUGUCUUGGCUCAGCCUGGGACAGGAAGGUUUAUUCACCGAAAGCCCUACUCUGACUUUGUGUACAAGCGAAUAAGACAAAGGGACAAGGUUGGGAAGCCCACUGCAGUGGCCAGGACCCCCUACAAAGGAGAAAUCAUAUCCAAGGCAAACAGAGCUUAAAGAAAACCAUAAUAGAAACAGAAACCUUCCAGUGUAACUGAGUAACCUUGAUUUCUUUCAGCAAAAGUCUUCAAUAAAAGGUGU